AACCCCAAAUUAUUUAUUUAUCCCUUCCUUGGUUUGUUUACAUAUUCUAAGAUUUUGAAAAAGAAAAAUGUUUGCAUGGCUUGCAAUCCUUGACAAUCCCAUAUUCAUCUUCUUCCUCCUCCCUACUUAACUUCCAAUCUAAUUUAACCCUUCUUCCUUCAUUUUGUUUCUUGAAAUUUUGAUUUUGCCAUUGAUGAACAUCACCAUUUAAAAACAGGCUACCUCUGUUUCCUCCCACUUUCCAUGCACCGAAUGCCAACAAAGUUCAUUCAAAUCAAGCCAAUAAAAGAAAUGUUGAAAAAACUAAGGAGAAAAGUCAAGACCAUAAUUACAAAGUCCUGUAAAAAGGCAAAAAAACCUUCUAAACCCCCAAAAUCACCAUCUCCCUCGCCACCACCAUCGCCAUCUCUAUCGCCAUCUCCAUCUCCAUCUCCAUCUCCAUCUCCAUCUCCGCCAAUGUCACCACCAAAACCUCAAACCCCCCAGAAAAGGUACCCUUUUCUCUUCCCCAAAGUACAGUCCUCAGUUCUCCCUGACCCUUCCCUUUUCUUCUCCCCUGACCUCCUCUCAACUCCUCUCCCUACAAACUCUUUCUUCCAAAACUUUACUCUUAAAAAUGGCGAUCAACCUGAAUACAUCCAUCCAUAUCUCAUCAAAUCAGCUGACUCUUCCAUUUCUAUCUCCUACCCAUCUCGCUUCCACAACUCUUCGUUCUUGUACCAAAUUUUUAUCUCUGAUCUGACCAUCUUUGCGACAGAUAAAACCCACCCAACUUCACUGAAAAACCAUAUAAUCUCUUCUUACAGUGAUUUAAGUCUUACUAUAGAUCUCCCCUCUUCAAACCUCCGAUUCUUUCUUGUCCGAGGUAGUCCCUUUUUAACCUGUUCUGUAACAGGCAAUACUCCAAUAUCAAUCUCUACGAUUCAUGCAAUUCUCUCAUUUUCUUCAAAUAGUUCACUCACCAAGUAUACCAUUAAGCUCAACAACAAUCAAACUUGGCUUAUAUAUACAUCUUCACCCAUCAGUCUGGAGCAUAAUCUUUCUUUGAUCACUUCUGGUGGGUUUUCGGGUAUUAUUCGGAUAGCUGUACUGCCAGAUUCUGAUCCAACAUAUGAGUCCAUUCUUGAUCGGUUCAGUUCAUGCUAUCCAAUCUCAGGUGAUGCAGUUUUCACUAAACCAUUUUGUUUAGAAUAUAAAUGGGAAAAGAAGGGGUGGGGAGAUUUGCUUAUGCUUGCACAUCCACUUCAUCUUAAUAUUUUAUCUAGUGACGAUUGUGAUGUUAAAGUUUUAGAGAAUUUUAAGUAUAAAAGUAUUGAUGGGGAGCUUGUUGGUAUUGUUGGUGAUUCAUGGGUGUUGAAACCACACCAAGUUUCAGUAACUUGGCAUUCUAUUAAAGGGGUGAAAGAAGAAUCAUAUCCUGAGAUUGUAACUGCUCUUUGUAAGGACGUUGAGGCCUUGAAUUCAUCGGCUAUAACAACAACAUCAUCUUAUUUUUAUGGGAAGUUGAUUGCGAAAGCAGCAAGGUUGGCUUUGAUUGCUGAAGAAGUGUGUUUUCUUGAUGUGAUUCCAGCAAUAAGGAAGUUCUUGAAGGAUACAAUUGAGCCAUGGCUGGAUGGGACUUUUAAUGGGAACGGUUUUUUUUAUGACUCAAAAUGGGGUGGAAUUUUAACUAAACAAGGGUCAGCUGAUUCGGGGGCAGAUUUUGGUUUUGGAAUUUACAAUGAUCACCAUUAUCAUAUUGGUUACUUCCUUUAUGCGAUUGCUGUCUUGGCCAAGAUUGACCCAACAUGGGGAAGGAGGUAUAAGCUCCAAGCUUAUUCACUUGUGGCAGAUUUUAUGAACUUAGGCAGGCGAUUAAAUUCAAAUUAUCCACGUUUGAGGUGUUUUGAUUUCUAUAAACUCCAUUCUUGGGCUGGAGGGUUGACUGAAUUUGCAGAUGGACGGAAUCAAGAAAGCACUAGUGAAGCAGUGAAUGCAUAUUAUUCUGCUGCAUUGAUGGGGUUAGCCUAUGGAGACACUCAUCUUGUUGCAACUGGAUCAACACUUACAGCAAUGGAGAUUCAAGCAGCACAAACAUGGUGGCAUGUAAAGGAGGGAGGUAAUCUGUAUGAAGAAGAAUUCACAAGAGAGAACCGAGUGGUAGGAGUUUUGUGGGCUAACAAGAGGGACAGUGGCCUUUGGUUUGCUCCUCCUGACUGGAGAGAGUGCAGGCUCGGAAUUCAGUUGCUACCCUUAUUGCCUAUCAGCGAGGUUUUGUUCUCUGAUAUUGGCUUUACUAGAGAGCUUGUGAACUGGACAUUGCCAGCACUAGGAAGGGAUGGAGUGGGAGAGGGAUGGAAAGGGUUUGUCUAUGCCUUGGAAGCAAUUUAUGACAAAGAGAGUGCAUUGGAAAAGAUAAGAAACCUGAAUGGUUUUGAUGAUGGGAAUUCACUUACUAAUCUGUUGUGGUGGGUUCACAGUAGGGGUGAUGAACAUGAAAAUGAAAGCGGUGCUGGGGGAAAGUAUUGCUGGUUUCCUCACUAUUGUCAUUAACUUCAGUUGUCUUAUAUUGGAUUGGGUGAAUAAAUUAAACCAUGAAAUGUUGCUUCUGGAAUUAGUUCUGCUAUUUUCAUGACUCUGUUGCUUAAUGCUAUAUAUGAAUUGAUAUAAAGUUCCAAGUUAAAUGGAUUCAUUAAUUUGAUACACUGUGCUGUUUAUUUAGCUGAAAUUUCAUUUCUUUCUAAUCAAUGGUUUUUAUCAGUAAUGCUCUCCCUCUUCACUUGCUUAGCCUUACACCAAAAGUUAUGCUGAGUACAAGAACGGGAUCAAACUUAUUAGCUGGUUCCAUUUUCCUUCACAAUUACAAGUUUUAAUUAUAAGAGACAUCACAAAAUAUAAGAUGAACAUGAGUUUUCAAUGGCCAUGAAACUGGGUUUGCAACCUAAAAGGCAGUUCAAAAUGGAGUGAAGUAUACCACA